GCGUCUUUGCAGAACUCCUGCGCGGCUCUCCGCACUAACCGUCUGCACGGGGCUGUUCCUGCCGGCUGUUGGCUUCACCAGGUGCUUCUUGACGGCCCCGAGCAUCGGCUCCCGGCGGAGCAUCGCCGUGAGCUCCGUGGCGAUGGCGGCGGCGGCGAGCGCAGCCCCGAGCCUUGGCCCGCUCCUGGACAGCGAGGGCAAAGAAGUCGAUGGAAGCUCCCUUGAGGGAAAGUCGGUGGCGCUGUACUUCGCCGGCGAGUGGUGCCCCAUGUGUACUGCCUUCACACCUGUGCUGACGGAGUUCAUGAAGGACGUGGGUGACAAGGCUGUGGUGUUCGUGAGCUCUGACUUCACGAAAGAGGAGUACGAUCAGCACCGCUCCCACCUGCCGAGCCAGUUCCUCUCGGUGCCGUUCGGCUCUGAGAUGCAGGACUCGCUCAAGCGGAAAUUCCACCUUUGGGGCGGCCGCGAAAUUCCGAAGUAUGGGGGCGACCGUCGGGGCGGAAUCCCAGCACUGGUGGUGAUCACUCCCGGAGGGGAGGAGCAGAAGUAUCUGGAUGCCGAAUCCAAGGGAGGGGCUGCGCUGAAAGAGUGGUAG